AUGGACGCCUCGGCGUGUAUGAAGUCCCUGCUCUUGGCGGCUUCUCAGUACCGAGCUGCCCGCACCCAGCCCAACGCAGCUCUGCUCCAGCGGAGUUUAGAGGUUAUCUCAGGAUUGAAAUUGUCAAAAUGUUUUGCAUCAAACCAUAUUUUACCAAGUGAAUGUCUCAAUUGCUUAGUAGAACUUAUUGAGGACCCAAAUCUAAGCUCUCCAUUAACCUUAAAUGCAGUAGGCUUGCUUUCUCAGUUAGUUCUAGAUAAUGAAACCAGGGAAGUCCUUCAGAAUGCUUACAAUCUGUGUGGUGCCCUGGCAAGUGUGAUUCUUCGAAGUUCUACAAAUCCUAUUGACCCAGUAAUAUUGCAAAGUAUUCAACUGCUACAGAAAUUGACCUACAAUGCAAGAAUAUUGCAGAAAAGUGCUAAUAUUGAAGACUUAAUUUCUUUCCUAAUGCUUCGCAUUCAGUCUACAGAAGAUGAGUUAACUAUACCAUGCCUAGGACUUAUGGCAAAUCUUUGUCGACGUAAUCUCACUGUUCAGACAUACAUCAAGUCAUUGACGAAUGUGAAAGGUUUUUACCGCACUCUGAUCAGUUUCUUGGGCCACAGUAGUCUAACAAUGGUUGUUUUUGCACUUUCUAUAUUAUCAAGUCUUACAUUAAAUGAAGAAGUUGGAGAAAAGCUGUUUCAUUCCAGAAAUAUUCACCAGACUUUCCAAUUAAUAUUUAAUAUCCUUGUGAAUGGUGAUGGAACACUAACAAGAAAAUAUUCUGUGGAUCUGCUUAUGGAUCUCCUGAAGAAUCCCAAGAUUGCAGAUUAUCUUACCAAGUAUGAACAUUUUACAUCUUGUCUCAAUCAGGUGAUAGGCCUCCUUCAUGGAAGAGAUUCUGAUUCUUCAGCAAAGAUAUUAGAAUUGCUACUUGCAUUUUGUUCAGUGACACAACUCCGUCAUAUUGUACGUCAAACAGUACUGGAACCAAAUGUAGCAGCCUGUGCAAGUACAAGACUUGCAACUCGUGCUAAGAAUUCUGACUCAUCUAUUGUCUUAGUACACUGGUCAAACCAGCCACUGGAAGUAUCUGAGAAGUGUUCAAAUCUUGCUUUGGAGCUAUUCCGGGAGCUAUUUGAGGAUGUUAUUGAUGCAGGCAAUAAUGCAACUGCUGAGCGCUUUGUGGAUCUUCUUUUGCCCAUUCUUCUUGACCAUCUUCAUUUUCCUGAUCACAUACUGGAAGAUCUGUUGGCAAAGAAAAAAUGUGAACGAAUGAUCAAGACUAUUGAUAUCUUGAUAACUCUUUGUGCAGAUGAUAUGCUGAAAAUGCAUGUCACUAAAGUUUUAACAGCUAGCAAGUGUACUACUUUAAUAGAACACCAAUUUACUUCUAGUGGCAUUGAUUUUAGUUUUGGGACAAAAUUUAAGGACUGUGAAUUGAGCAAACUUGCUGCUGAUCUAAUCUUAAAAACACUGGAUCUGAUGAGUAAGCUUAAGCAGCUGGUUCCUAACAUGGAAGUCAGUUUUUACAAAGUUCUUCAGGACCAACGCUUGGUUACCCCUUUGGCUUUGGCUUUAACAUCAGACCACAGGGCACAAGUUCAAGCAGGGCUUAGAAUAUUAUUUGAAGCAGCCCCGUUGCCAGAUUUUCCUGCCAUAGUGCUUGGUGAGAGUAUUGCAGCCAAUAAUGCUUACAGACAACAGGAAUCUGAGCAUGUCUCUAAAAGAAGUCACCUGCAAGCAUCCAUGACUUAUGUAAAUUCAGUAAAAUCCUCUAAUGUUUGCCAUCCCAAUGAUGGUGAUGCUGCAACUUUCAAAAUUCAGGACCUGAUUCACAAACUCCAAUCUGGCUUGGAGAUGAAGGAAUCAGUCACAGACAUCAGGGUAUCUGAAAUAAUGGAAGUAUAUGAACAGAAAUUGUCUGCAUUGGCAUCUAAGGAAACAAGGUUGCAGGACCUUUUGGAAGCAAAGGCAUUAGCUCUUUCUCAAGCUGAUAGACUUAUUGCCCAGUAUCGUUGCCAGAGAGCUCAAGCUGAAUCUGAGGCUAGGACGCUUGCCUCAAUACUGAAGGAUACAGAAAGGAAAAAUGAAGAUCUGGAAUCUCUAUUGAAAGCACAGCAGACAGAAUCUGAACGGGCACAAAAUGAUAUUGAACAAUUAUUUCAGCAUAAUCGGAAACUGCAAACAAUAGCAGAAGAAUAUGAGAUAUUGAAAAGAUCUUCCAUUGAGCUGCUUCAAAAGCAUGAAACUAUUGAAAAGCAAUAUAACAAUCUGCAAGGAAUGUGUAAUUCACUGAAUAAACAACUUGAGACCCUUAAAAGACUGAAUGAAUCGCUGAAGCAACAGAAUGAAAAAACUGUUGCUCAGCUUCUUGAAACAGAAGAACAUAGAAAAGAAUUGAACAAACAGAUGCAAGAAAAAGAUGGGCAAAUAUCAAGUUUACAACAGAAGAUAAAAGUUCAGGAAGAAAAACUAAAAGCCAGACAGAAGGAAAAAAUAGAUAUGGAGGACAAAAUGGACAUUCUUAGAAAAGAGCUAAGUAAAACUGAACAGGCAAGAAAAGAACUGAGUAUUAAGGCAUCUUCUUUGGAAGUUCAGAAGUCACAGUUGGAAGGGCGACUAGAAGAAAAGGAGGCUUUAAUCAAGCUUCAGCAAGAAGAACUAAACAAACAUUCUCAUAUGAUUGCAAUGAUCCAUAGCUUAAGUGGUGGUAAACUAAAUGCAGAAACUGUGAAUCUCAGUUUAUAAAGCAGAUUAUAUAAGUGUGAAAUUAAUGCCAUUUUAUGUUUUGUUAUGAAAAAUAUUUUAGAAAAUUUUCCUUGAAGAUAUUGUGGCUUUUAUGAAUAGUAGGCUACAUUCUAUUCAUUUUGAUACUAAUAUCUAUAUCAUUAUUGGUUGCCUUGUUUAUUAAUUUAUCAAGGACUGGAUAUAAUUUUAGAAAACAUUUAAGUAAAAACCGAUUUGAUGUGCAAACUAUCAACUAUGGUAGGUUUACUUAAGUUAGUAAUUCUACUCAAAAUGAUUUUACAAAAGCUUUUAUUUGCUUGUAAAUAAAAUGUUGUACCU